UGCACCACGCCGUCAUUUAGUAAAGGAGAAGAAGAAGAAGACAUGAGCAGCAUGAAGUCUUGCAGAAGCUGAAGGAUUUUUGACCUUUCAAACUUACUACUUUACCCUGUUUCAGGUUCAGUAAAGCGGAGCAGAAUGUCAGCCAGGAAGGUUUCAGUCCAUGCCAAAUGGAUCAUCGGCAGAGUAAUCGGGACCAAGAUGCUGAAAACUGCGAAAGUGAGAGUGACGAGACUGGUGCUAGACCCCUACCUGCUGAAGUACUACAACAAGAGAAAGACCUACUUUGCCCAUGAUGCUUUGCAGCAGUGCACUGUGGGAGAUAUCGUCCUCCUCAAGGCUCUGCCAGAGGCCAGAUCCAAACACGUGAAGCAUGAACUUUCUGAGAUCGUGCACAAAGUGGGCCGGGUGGUCGAUCCACUGACGGGACGACGAGUUGCAGGAACAGAGUUUGUGGAGCCACUAUCGGACCUUCUGGUUGAAGAGAAGACUUUGUCAGAAAAGCUCAACGAGCUCAACAUCUCUGCAGACUCCAGUGCAGCUGAAUCUCCAUCCGCACAAACUCCUACUUCCUGACAGAAAGCCAUUUUCUUUAAUGGCACUCUGUAACGCUCUGACUUCAAGAGUUGACAAAAUUUUAGGUUUGUUAAUGGUAUGUGUGUAACAGAAGCAGGUAUUUACACCAUGCCUACUCUAAAAGAUUGAUUUCAAAACUGUAAAUCUGCAUGACUAUUUUGGAAUAAACUGAAAAGGUGAACAAAUGUAU